AUGCCGACAGGUCCUUAUCAAAUGCAGGUAGAACAACAAAUUCAUUAUGCCGAUCCAGUAAAAUAUCAAUACUUAGUUGAUGACGAUUUUAGCACAGAUAAAAAUGAUGUUGAGAUUGGUGCAUAUAACAAUGAGGCUAAUAAUGUUACAUGUAACAAUGAUGAUAAUUAUAGUAUACUCAUGAAUGUUGUUGAUGCUUGUAGCGAGAGGUUUUUAUCUCUUGAACAAGUGUUGCGAGGGGAUUUGGAAGGGGAUCUUCAAUAUCAGGAAGUCCCUCAAGUGGAGACACUAUUAGCUCCAGCCAAAGUUAGCCCUGUUUUGAAGGGCAAUGUCCCUCCUGUCGAAGCGGAGGUUAGGGCUACUUCUCCGGUUAGUGAUCGGGUGUGGCUAGCAGUCAAGUCAUCUCCUGACGUCGGUCUGCUGUUACGGAUUCCACUCUUAAGGAGGAUAUCGGUGGUAGUACUAUUGGUUGGCGUUUACAUCAGAAACGCACCAUCCAUCCUCUGCUCGCUAACUCACCCAUUGUUAUUGGGAUUCUUGAUGGUGACGACCCGCAAGUGA